AUGGAGGAUACAAGUAGCCCGGGAGCGAGACAGUAUUUGUUUUUUUUGGUCUCGAGAGAGUCCGUAGUAGCGAUCGUGCGUCAAUGUGACAGUGCUCCUGGAAGAAUGGGAUUGAGUAAUAGGCGGCGGGGGUCAAGGAAAGGUUGGGGGCGAGAGUCGUUCCUCCGGGGAAUUGACGCAAAUGUUGCAGAAAAGGCCGAAAAGAAAAGAAAAGAAAGAGACGAGGGGCACAAAGAGGUUCGCAAAGUAAAUAGGUACUCGAACACAGACCCAGCUCCCUCCCUGGACCAAGUGAAGAAGGGUGUGAUUGAUAAUGGAGGAGUUGGUGCAAGGAGGAGAAAGGAAGAGAAGAAUGGAGAUUGGGGGGGCAAAGAGAGACGAGUGGAAGAGUUAAGGCUGAGGUCACCGAUGGGUGAGGCAGCUUGCGCCGGCCGGUGA